CAGAUUAUUUACACUACGAUAUUGGAUCUCUCUGUGCUUCGUUUGGAACUAAUACAAAAAAAGAGAAAGUUUUGGUAGUUUUGUUGGCUAAAGAAAGGCAAAAUCUUGUCGAAGAAGGGAGGGGACGGUGAACGAAGAGCCUCGUUGCCAGGAAAGGCCCAGGGCCUGGGAACCAGUGUGGCACAAGAUGGCUGCCCAUAAGGAAGAUUUGGUUAGCGCUCUUGAGUCUUCACUACAGACGUGUGUGUCUCUGUUGCUUGUCACUGAUAAUUUGGAAAAAGAUGGCGAGAAAAUGAAUGUCAACAAAAGUGGUGUAGACGCCUCAAUCAUAAAAUUUCUAGAGGCCGCCAAGUCACUGGAAGCUGAUUUCCUCAGGAAGCAAAUGUACAGCCGGGUAAAUCAUCCCCAAGAAGUCACAAAAGAGGAAGUGGACAAAAUGAGAGCUGAGUUAGCUCAGAAAGAGGAACUUCUAACAAGAACAAGGGAGAAAGUUGCCAUGUGGGCUAACAGACUCCAAGAUCUUGAAACAAGACAAACAAGGCUUCAAUUAGCAGACAUUAUACCGCAGAGAACUGUGUCAUUAGAUCCUUACUCUCUAGAAGCGUCAAGAAAGUAGUUGAAUGUAUUUGUAAAAUUUGUACACUGUAGUAUAAUUUUAAAAGCAGAUUAUGUUAGUUAUGAAGAAAUUUCAAAAUCCUGGGGUUUAAUGUUGAGUUGAGUUGAGUCUCUCAUUGUUCAUUUAAAGCAACUGGGGAGGGUAGGGGAGGGGAGAAGGAAUUGGCUGGAUGGUUACUAUGGAAAAGGCAGGGUUAAAGUUCCAUUAAUUAAGCUAAUCUAGGUUUAGCUUAUGUCAGUAGGUUCCAUGUACUAACUUCUCACACACCGCUGGGAGCCAUGCCAAACUGAACCACGCAACCUUACCUUAAGUAACAAAACAACAUAACUGUCUUACAACUGCACAAAAACUUGGCUAGAAAAUAAAUUCAUGGCAACUUAAUGCACUCUUGAAAUACUUCACGAGUGGGCAGGUGGGGGAUGUCAAGCAGUGGCAGAUAGCAAAACAAAAACUGAACCUUGUACACGCCACAUGACCUGCAAACCCCCACACACUUGUACUCAGACUCCCAGCUGUGUGUGAGAAAAACAUUUUCCACUUCAUUCGUUUCUCAGCCAGCGGAAAACCUUGCCUCUCAGUGAGGUUUUCUGCCCUCCAGUUUUGACACUACUUAUCUCGCACUGCACAAAUCAAGAAAAACCUUUAUCAACCCUUAAUCCUGGGUUGCUCUUGAAUAACCUGGUACGGGAGAAUAAAUCAUGGUUACCAGCAAACCCAGGGGGGAGACUCCCAUAUAAAAAGGACGGGGGGGAGGGGUCUCGUCGUACCUUUAAGGGGUUGAAAAGACUGUUUUGGUACCUCUUAGUGUGUUCAGCCACAAAAGGUCCACAACGGGAGCUUUUGUGAUACCUUUUAAGGCAUUGAGCUGAAGAAAUAUGACAGAGAUAAAGUGUUAUGUAAGAAUUGGUACCUUAAAUUUUAAGCCAUGCCCAAAAAACAGGAUCUUAGUACCUCUUAGGGAUUCUUUUCAAAAUUUCUGACGAGCACCCCGUUCUUUUUAUAUGGGAGUUCCCAACCCCCCCAACCCCCGGCCAACCCCCAGACCAGUAUACAUGUGCUGAUGAAAGGCUGGGGCCAAACAUGAUUGUGAUGGAGUAACAUCCCAUCUAGGGAGCUUGGGAAUACUCCUACACUCUUAUGUGUUUCUGAGCUUCUGCUCAUUUUGCUGAGAUAAGCUUUUAUGGCAUGGGCUGGUUUCGCUCCAGUGCAGAUUCUAUUAUUGAUGGAGGUGUACAUAAAAGAAGUUUCUCAAUAAAGUCAUGCUUUCUCACAGGCAAAAGAAA